CUGUGUGCAUUCAACUCAUGUUCUUUGCACAUGCAUAAAAAUCCAUGCUUGUGAGAUUGAUGAAUCUAUGCAGAUAUUUUUCAUUAAUUUAAUUUGAUAUAAAUCGAUUUAUUUACCAUCAUCUCGUUAUAAUCAUGUCCAGUCUAUCCCGAUUCAAUGUGGCCAGAUCAAUGUUGAAUGAUUUUUUUCGAUCUAGUCAGAUAAUCAGCAGACGAAAUUUAUCCGGCGAAAGUUCCGAUUCAGAACAAGCCCAAUUGGAGAAUGUGGAUACUUUUAAAUGUCUGAAUCGUGUUACACUAUUAGGACGAGCCACCGGCCCAGCCUCAUUAACCAGAUUAGAAAAUGUAGAUUUGGCUUCUUUUACAUUGGUUACAAAUGAACUUCGUCGAAAUCGAUCUAAUGAAUUGAUUAAACGAUCGGAAUUUCAUAAGAUUCAGGUGUUUAUUCCAAGAUUGGUACAAAAAACUAUACAAGUUGUACAAAAAGGAUCUCGUGUGCUUGUCGAAGGAAAAAUCAACUAUAACGUUCGUAAAGGUGAACAUGGGAAUAUUCAUUUCACAAACAUAACUGCGGAAAAUGUUGUCUUCAUCACAGGCAAUAGAAUGAAUAUGAAUAAAAUCGAAAGCGAUUCUGAAAUAGUCGAAAAGCAAGAACAGUUUUGAAAAUAACACCGUCUUGUUUACGAUUUGGAAAAACAAAUUCGUUGCCUUCAUUUGAAAUUAUUAGACGAAUUUUUCAUUUCAUCAUUAAAAUAAUUGAACAAUUACUUUUUAUUAAUAUCAGCAAAACAUUGUUUCAUAGAUGAAUAAUCUAUAUUGUUAAAUCCAUUCAAUAAAGAUUCGUAGUAUUCCAUGUUUGAUUCAA